ACCAAGUUAUUAUAUUCAAAUAACAUUUGUCAUAAUAAAUUGCAGCAGUAUUUAAUAUUAUUUCUAAAGAUAUGAUAUAGUAAUAAUAUAUAAUAAUUAUUCAAUAGAUUAUUUAUUUUAUUUUUGGAUGAAAUGCAGAUGUAUUUUGGAACUUGAGAUUUUUUGGAGGUUAAACUUUUCAAAACAAUUGGUGGUAAUGUAAAUUAGGUCGACCCACAUCAAUCUGAUGUUCGACGAUUGCAAACAUUUCUUUUCCAAGUACUUGAUAUAUGAUAAUUGGAUAAAAGCUAUUUCCUCAACAUCGCCUUUAUUUGUUUCAAAUCAAAUUCAUUAAAAUGAAAUUUCGAUUUCUGGGAGAUGGAGACUGUCCUGAUUGGUUACUGGCUCAAAUUUGCAUCAUGUCACGUAUGACAUCAAUCAAGAUUAAAUUAUUAAGUCAGCUCAUUGCUAAAUCUAUUCUUGAUGAUAAUAAAUUAGAGGAGGAUAAAGUAAAGAAGCUUACACAAGAUGCAAAAAUAGAUACCGAUGAGCUUAAAGGAAUUAUAGUAGCGUUGAAAACUAUUUUUACAUAUUCUGCACGUUAUGGUGCUAAUUCUGAUGAUUUGAGUAGUGAAUUACAGCAAUUAGGGCUGCCACGUGAGCAUAGUAUUGCCAUUGGACGUGUCCAUACUGAUAAUCAUCAACAAAUCCAUGAUUAUUUAACUUCUCAAUCACUCAGACUGAGCCAUCUCUCUUCAGUGGAAAGACUUACUAGUACAGAGGAUCCAGUUCCUUCUACAGUUUUCACAAAGUUAUUAUUUAAACAAAAAAAAGUUGAUGGAAAAGAAUGUGAAUUUGAAGUUAAUAUUCCAAGAUCGGAUAUACCUGUUUUAUUGGAAGAAUUAAAAAAGGCUCAAUCUAUUAUGAAGAAGGUGAUAUGAAUAAUGAAAAAAAUGUAAAAUUGGGGAAUGUUGAAGAAAAGUAUAAUAAAAAUGGUCUCGACAUAAUAAUUUUAUUCAUCAAUAAAUGAAUAUACAAAAAGUUUACACUCAUUCAAAUGGCAAUAUGUGAAUGUUUACAAUGAUUAUAAUUAAUUGUCUCAUCAAUAAAAAAUUCUCAUUCAUCAGAAAAAAACGGAAAACAAAACAAAAAAGAAACAUAAUCACCUUAAAACUAACUAUCCACAAUUAAAGAAUACAUUAAGUAUAAGAGAUCUUAAUAUUAGUUUACAAUUUUAUUUAAUUAUUCUCUACUACAAAUAAUAAAAAAAUGGUAAAAACUUAAUAUUAGACGAAUGAAAUCAAGAUCAAAGUAGAAAAUGAUAACAAUCUAAUCAGUCUUUAUACAUUAUUCGUACAUUGAUAAUUGAAUAUAAUUCAUUAUUAUUCAAUGGUUAUUUUAGUUGACAUGACUUUAUUUUAUUUACUUAAUAUAUACAUUAUAGUACUGCUUGAAAUAUAGCAAGUCUCCGUUCUCCAAGCGUUUUAGUAUUAUAAUUUUUUUUUUCAUUGUUAUUUAAUAAAUAAUUGAUUUAAUUCAUAUUACUUUUGUUUAUUUAAAACAAUGGUUUUUUUCGUUAUUAAUCUCUUUGUAAUGUAAUCAAACAGAUAUAGCUGCUAAUGGUGGGUUCUCAAUUUUUCUGUCAGAUAAGAUGAAGCACACGCAGUGUAUUUAAGUAUGAUGAAUACAAAGACAUUCUCUAUA